CAACACAAAAUCCACCUAAAGAGAUGGACACCAUGUGAUAUGACUAAAGAUUUGGUGAGGGGCCAUAUUCGUGAAGAAUUCCACGUCUUGUGAUUUAAAUAGCAUUGUGUCGUUUGGAUCUCAAGCCGCCAUAAAGUGCAGUGGGCCGUGGCUCUCCGUGUCUCAAACAGAGAGCGUCUGUUUCUCGCCUUCCAGUGUCAUCCUUCCCCGGAUGGGACACACUGUGAUUUGUGUGUGCCUUCACAGCAUGGCACACCACUCGGUGCGCCACCGGGGUAUAAAUUCAUGACAGCUGUAAUAUCGAGGAGUUCAUCUAACAGGAAACUAACAUCGCUUUGAACUAACAAGAAGAGCUUUGUCCCCUUUGGAGAUUCGAGAGCCGAACCAGGAGAGGUCUAACGAUGAAUGUUCAGUCCACCGUCAAUAAAGAAGUCUUCAUCCCCUGCAAUGAACGCAUGCUGGUGGGUUUGGAGGUACGGAGGAGAAAAAAGAAGAGAAUGCCUUUUCUUCCGCCUGGAUCCAAAGGAGACUAUGCAACAUUCAUUUGUGUUUCAGUGACCAACACAAGACCGCACCAGCUCCUCAUUUCAAAGGUGAAGCAGUAUAGUGGCUCCUUGGCCUUCACAAGGACGUCACAGUGGAAGGCGGAGCGACUACGACAGGUCAAUGGCAUUGACCCCAACAAGGACAGCCCCGAAUUUGACCUGGUCUUUGUCAACGCUGUGGAUCAGUGGGUGGCCACCUCAGCGGCAGAGAAGUGCAUCUUCGUGCAGAUUCUGUACCGCGCCUGCCAGACCUACUGGGAGGGAAAGCCCGGAAGUCUGAUCAAGGCGAGCCGCCGGGUUUCCGGCCAGGUUGGGGCGGCCGGUCCCAAUGAUUCCUCACCGGGGCCUUCAUCCGGAACAGUACGAGCACGACGGAAAAGCUUUGUUGCACCCAGACCGCCGGAGUUCAUUAACUGCUCGUCCAAACUCACAGGAGAUUCCUCCACCAUGAAUCUGUUCAUCUACCGCUGCAAAGCCUUCUUGAAUCACGUCAAGAAGAAGAUGGUUGGAACACAAAGCAGCUCACAGAAGAGAGUCCAUCAGAUGAAGGUGGCUUUGGGAGAGCAUGGGGACAGAGUUACUGCAGCUGAAGACAAGACUGUAGGACUGGUGCACACGGUCCAGCAGCUUGCAGACAUUGCUCACAAGAUCUCCCUGAAAUAUGCAAAAUAGAAUCUCAGUGGACUCUUCCUGGAUGAAGGACAUGAAUAGCAAGUGGAUGCCGAAACAGCAUGCGCCUAAUUGCUUAAUCAAAGCGUAUUUAAAGAAGACUAAGGAUUUAUACGCUGUCACUUACUGUGUGUAUUCAGAAUUACAGCUUUAUGAUUUGUUUCUUGUACUUAAGACACAAGUAUCGUGGUCAUACUAUAUACAGUAUAGAAAUAUGUUGCCAGCCAUCAGAUUAACCUUGUUGUUAAAGUAAUCAUGCUCUUAUUAAAUGUUUAGUACAAAGCACCGAACACACCAGUGUGCAUGUUGUUAUCAUAACUCAUAGUUGUGCAUUGUUGUGGGUUUAUAUUGUGUCCCCGCUGUGUCUUGUCUAUGUUCCCUGAACACUAACCCAAGUGUCAAACAUUGUGCAUUUUGUCUUCUGAUAAGUGCUGGCUAGUCUUUGUGUCUAUGUGACUUAUGUCUUGUCUAUGUAAAUUGAAUCAAAAUGGUUCAGGUAUGUUGCACAAUGACCAUGAAGCAGAGGUACAAUAAAAAGAUCUACCAAUGUGGAAAGUCAGUGUUCGAGGUUCAGAAGUUAAAACAUGUUCAUGUAAAAUUGAUGUCUGUAUUACUUACUGUACUUAAUAACAAACAGCAUACACAUUUCCAGCUAUUUUUUGGUAUUUUUAUUUUAUUUUUUGAAUUAAUUUAAUUAAUUGUUGUUGUUUUUUUUGGGGGGGGGGUACUUUUGGAUAUAUGUAGGUGAAUGUAUAUUACAUGUUCCAAAUAUUUCUGCAGCCACUUUAUUUUAAUAAUAAAUAAUAUUGCACGUAA